UUAUCACCUAACGUAUAUUUACAAUCAAAUAUUGCUCCGUAUGCGACGCGACAGUAUUUUUAGUAUAUGUGUAUAUACAAUAUAUAACAUGUCAGAUCUUGUAGAGAAUCAAGUUCAAUUGCUGCUUGCCGGUCAAGCAUUAGAAAGUGACAUAUGCAAUGUACAUACUCUUGCAAGUGAUACAACAGGUUCAAAAUCAGGUCAAUUAACAGCACACAUUCCUAUUUGUCUGAAAACAGUGACGUACAUAGUUGCUGCUGUUGUCAUAAAUGAUCAAGGCGAAGUGUUAAUGAUGCAAGAAGCAAAAGUUUCUUGUACUGGAAAAUGGUACUUACCAGCCGGUAGAGUAGAGAAGAAUGAAAAUCUUAUAAGUGCUGUGAAGAGAGAAGUCUUAGAAGAGACAGGUCUGGUGAUAGAGCCAACAACUCUGAUAUUAGUAGAAUGCGCAAAUGGUACAUGGUUUCGUUUUGUUUUUACCGGGGAUAUAAUCGGCGGUACUCUAAAGACACCUGAUCAGGCAAAUGAGGAAUCGCUACAAGCAUGCUGGUUACGAAACAUAGAUGACUUGCCAUUAAGGUCUAACGAUAUAAUAUAUCUCUUAGACCGAGGCAAAAGUUACAUUUCAAAUAAAACUGUUCCCCAACAUCCUCAUUUGAUGCCUGUGACCAAAUCACACACGAAAUUAUCGUUGAGAUUAAUAGUUACAUCUAAGAAAAGAGCGACGAAUAGAUUACAUGUGUUAUCUGAUACUGAACAAUAUAAUCCACCAAUUUGUGAACUUAAUCCAAAUCGUAGUUUACUGUCUACUUUGCAUAGCUUCAUGACUGAAAUAUUUGGAAACGAUGUACCACAGCAUAAACCACACGGUUUAUUGUCUAUAGAAUUUAGCGGUGGACAAGAAGGUGAUGGUCUGUGCUUAACAUUACUGGUAUCCUUUAAGUUACCAUUGGAAGACGUGCCUAUAAUCGGGAAAUAUAUUUGGCACGAGCUUUCUGAAAAUGUAGCAGACUCUCUUGCAAUCCGUCUGCCACGAAACAUGACUGUCCCUUUGAAGGUCGUACGUUAA